AUUUCUGGGAAAGCACUGAUGAACCUUCACUCCGCAAGUUCUUGGAUUUUCGUCUUCGUUCCGGUAAUUUGGAGGACAUGAAAACAGAGCACAAUCGUUAUAAUGGUGAAUUAAAAACUCUCAGCGAGCACUAUGCUAAAAUAUCUGAAGUCGGGAGAAAAGUGCAAAAUUGGAAAGCGGCUUUCAAGGAAACUUUCUGGAAGCUGAAUGAAGAAAAGGAACAUCUUAAUGCGAAGAAAAAUUUACUUGAGGAAAAAUCUAGAUUGGAUAUCAUGCAGGCUCAAGCAGAAAUGACACAGGUUCAGCAAUUAAAUAAGGGUGCACUCUCAAAUUUAGAGCAGGUUGUUUCUACCGUUGCAUCUGCGAAGAACAAACGAGUGUUUGAUAAUGAUCACGAUCAAGCACAACCACCACCAAAAAAAUUGUUACAUGUUAAUGAGGAAUAUAGCGAAAUUAAGGAGCGCGAAGAUUCAAAAAUUCAAAAGGUAGCCGUUAUUUCUAGUACUAUCACGAAGCGCGAAAAUUUAAGAAAUCAAAAGGUAGCCGUUAUUUCUAGUACUAUUACGGAACGCGAAAAUUCAAGAACUCAAAAGGUAGCCGCUAUUUCUAAUACUAUAAAACCUCUUUUGGACACUUAUAAUAAAGCUUUCACUAUACAAAAAUCGAUAUUUGAUGAUAUUCUACUAGACUUUGACGUUGUUAUGGAGAAGCCAUACAACGGUACUUUCGACUACAAACAACAUUACAUACUUUUAUGGGUACAAGAACUCUUGGAUCCAAAACAAUCAGAAUUUUCUUAUCGUGAACAUUUUAUUUCCCCAAUUUUAGCACGAGCAUUUGAUGAUUUGGACGUUAUUCGAUUCAGAACUGGUGAAAUUGAGAAUAUAUUAACAAAGACGCAAAGAAAUGAAACCGAACAACAGGAACAUCGUAUUCGUCUCGGCUGUAACCAAGAUGGUAUUAUUGAUAUCAGUUUGAACGUGAUGGAUUUGGAGAUUGGUUUUAUGGAAGUCGUUGGCAGCGCAAUUGAUACUGAUUUAAAAAAACUAAGUGAAGACACUGAGAAAGUCUUCAAAG